AUGCUCGGUCCCGUGUCGCGCUUUGCUGCUCUGGCUGCGGCCCUCUUGACAGCCACGCCUGUAUCAGCACUCGACUUUCCCACGACUGAUUCUGAUGCUCUCAGUUCUAUCGUGAAGCAGAUUUCCAAUGGCGUUGUCGAAUUCGAUGUGGAAGAUUAUUACGGCCUUGGCCUCUUCCCCGACCCCUAUACUUGGACGGAGUCGGCUACGGCGUGGGACUCUUUGGUAGGAUACUGGUACCUGACAGGCGAUACGACGCACAAUGCUGCAGUGCAAACGGCACUGGUCGGACAGCUGGGCCCGGCACUCGACUAUUUGCCCCCCAACCAAUCGCUCCACAUGUCGAAUUGGCGGCAGUCUAGCUGGGCUCUCGCCGCUUUAUCUGCCGCUGAGCGAGGACUGCCUGUUGAGAGCGAGAGCGAGAACGUGACUUCGUGGGAAGACCUCGCGCGAGAUGCCUUCGACACUCAAGUCCCCCGCUGGGACGACACAACCUGUGGCGGCGGUCUGCGAACCGACAUCUUCAUGUUCGGCGAUGAAUACAACUCCAAGGACUCGCUUUCUCAGUCCACCUUUUUCCUGCUAGCUGCUCGCCUGGCCCGCUUCACCGGCAACCAGACCUACGUCGACCUGGCUGCGCGGGCCUACGACUGGAUGCGUGAGGUGAAGUUGAUCGAUGAUGACUUCGCCGUGUACUACAAUGCAUCCACAACACAGAACUGCUCUCAAGUCGACGACACGCAAUGGUCGCAAGCCGCCGCGGCCAUCGCAUAUGGAAGCGCCGUCCUAGCAAAUAUCACUUCAUCAACCGAAUGGGCGGACCGCACGACCUCGCACGUGGAGCAUAUUCUCAACUACUUCUUCCCCUCAGACAUCCUAACCUCCCCCGCCUGCACGGACGCGUCAACCAACUAUUACUGCUGGGGCGAGGCGCACGCCGCCGAGGCCUCGACGCUGCGCUGGCUGUCCCUGGUCCCCGUCUUCCAGCCCACGACCCACGACAGCAUCCACGCCGCCCUCGCAGCCACCGCCAAGGCCGCCGCCGACGCCUGCACGACCACCGACGGCGGCGCUUCCGCCUCGUGCAAGGGCCUGUGGAGCGUCAGCGACGACGAUGAGGAGCAGUUCGACGACGACGACCCCAGGACCGACGUGCCCAGGAACGCCACCAUCGGCCUCGGCCAGCAGGUCGUCGCGCUCGAGGCCCUGCAGGCCGCCGGCUUCAUCCUCUCCUCCGCCGACGGCGUCAACGCGAGCUUCGUGCUCCGUACGGCGAACGGCACUACCGCCACCACCACUACUUUGAGCAGCAAUGGCGACGGCUCGUCGUCGUCGUCGAUGAGCACCGGCAGCGCGAGCGGGGCGUCUGGCACGCAGACCGGCGCCGCCGCUGCGGGUGGCCUGCUGAGGGCAGCAUCUUCGGCGUGGGGGUCGUUGGUCGUGGCCGGGUUGGUGGGUUUCGCGACGGCGGUGUUGGUGUGA